AUGAAAUUCGUUAUUGUCUUCGUCGCGCUCUUCGCACUGGCCAUUGCUGCGCCAGCUGGUCCUGAAGUGGAGGUCGUAGAACAGAGAUCCGAUGUAGAACCUGAACAAUACAGCUUCUCUUUGAAGACCAGUGAUGGCACAUCCAAGCAAGAAGAGGGUAAGUUGGUGAAUGUUGGCGCUGAGGACGAACACAUUGUUGCUCGCGGUUCCUUCUCCUUCGUAGCCGCUGACGGUCAGACCUACACUGUCAACUACAUCGCCGAUGAGAAUGGCUUCCAACCUCAGGGCGAUCAUUUGCCCGUCGCACCAGUGGCUUAA